UGAAUCAAAUGGCUUUAUUAGAGUAAAAGUUAUGUUGUGUGGGUCAGCAGCAUAGUGCUGUCUGAUGUCUGAGGGUCUUGUGGUUUAGUUUUGUUGUCCCCACUGUAGGCAUUCGAGACUAAUUUUAGAUACUGUGGUUUGUCUUAUUCUUGGAGGCCAUUGUGAGUGUGCCGCCCCCCCCUCUUAAAUAACUCACAGCAAUUAUCAUUGUUAUUCUGCAAAUGGUACGAACCACAAACUUGGCUUCUAUGUGACUCUGGCCAGUGAAAAAGAGUGGCAUUCCAGACCAAAAAAGCAAGCCGAAUCAAAUUUUGCCCCCAAUCUUUCUCCUAUUUUUAUUUCCAUAUUUGGAAAUGUUUACCUCCUCAUGACUCUACAGUGCAGCAGGAAGAAGCACUAUGAGUCAUUUUAACAGCAUAAGGGCCUGGCUGUGGGUCCUCCUCACUGAGGGCUUCUCUCUAGUCCAUAGACACACGGGAUGCUGUCUGUGAUCAUCUGGUGAUUCAUUUUUGCUCCUGAAAUAGAAUCAGAUUUCUUGACUCCAGAAACAUGUGGGGUGGCCAUAAUGAUGGUGACCAGCAAGGUCAUGUGAGUGCACGAAUGGAGACCAGCUUACCUAUGGGUACCACCAGCAUUUCUGUUUCCCAGCAACAGGCUCCUAAGAAGUUUGCUCCUGUUGUGGCUCCUAAGCCCAAGUUCAACCCCUAUAAACAACCUGGGGAGGGAACACACGAGGGAUCUGGGGACUAUCCUCCACCUCCUCCACCUGCCAUUGACACCAGCGGGCUCCCGUCCCCUUCUAGCUUCCCACCUCCUCCGGCCAUGGAUGAGGCCUCCCUUGGCUUUCAGAUAAAAGGACCUGCGAAAACUAUAGAAGAGAGACGUUCCAGUCUGGAUGCUGAAAUCGACUCCCUGACCAGCAUCCUUGCCGACCUAGAGAGCAGCUCACCAUACAAACCGCGCACACCGCAGAAUUCUGCCAGCCCAGCUGCGACAGGCUCCAACGCCCCUGUUACUGGCUAUCGCCGUAUGGUCAUCCCACCCCAGCCCCCUCUAACCGCCACUAAAAAAUCCACUCCGAAACCACAGACCUCUCCAACUGUCCCUACUCCGGCUUCGUCUUCUCCACGCCCCCAAUACCAACCCGCGCCCCAGCCUGUCCCAGCGUCCUACACCACCGCCUCUACUCCGAGCCAGCCAACCUUCAAUGUUCAGGUCAGGGCCGCCCAGCCAGGCCCCCAGCAGCAGCCGGUCCGUGGUCCAGCCCAGGUACAGUACAUGCCGGCUCAACCCAGAGGCCCUGACUUUGCAUACGGGCCUCCGCAGCCGGGAUUCUGCCCUGCUCCGUCUGGAGGCUACCAUGACCAGCACUAUGGUGGAGCUCCUGUUUAUGGAGGUCAGAACACAUGGAGAGCUGAACCGAGUCACCAUGCCCCUCCUCCAUCCAACCAAGGGUACCAGCCCGCUCCUCCGAAAAAAACCUACAUCACUGAUCCUCCUGCCAGCCUGGCACCCUUCGGCGGUGGGCCUUCUGUUCCUCAUAAGGGUCGUCCUGAGGAGGAACUGGACCGCCUGACUAAGAAGAUGCUGUACGACAUGGACAACCCCCCCUCUGAGGAGUAUUUUGGACGGUGUGCAAGCUGUGGGGAGAAUGUAGUCGGCGAGGGGACGGGUUGUACCGCCAUGGACCAGGUCUUCCACGUGGACUGCUUCAUCUGCAUGACCUGUGGCUCCAAGCUCAGAGGGAAGCCCUUUUAUGCCGUGGAAAAGAAGGCUUACUGCGAACCCUGCUAUAUCAACACCCUGGAGACCUGCAACAUAUGUAGUAAGCCCAUAAUGGAGCGUAUCCUGCGGGCGACUGGGAAGGCCUAUCAUCCCCAGUGCUUCACCUGUGUGGUCUGCCAUCGGAGUCUGGACGGCAUUCCUUUUACCGUGGAUGCUUCCAACCACAUCCAUUGCAUCGAAGACUUCCACAAGAAAUUUGCCCCUCGUUGCUCUGUGUGUAAAGAGCCCAUAAUGCCAUCACCUGGCCAGGAGGAGACUGUGCGUAUUGUGGCCUUAGAUCGUGACUUCCAUGUGCAGUGUUAUCGUUGUGAGGACUGUGGCUGUCUUCUCUCUGAGGGGGACAACCAGGGUUGCUACCCUCUGGAUGGCCAUGUUCUCUGCAAAAACUGCAACACCAGUCGCAUCCAGGCCCUCACUGCCAAGGCUACAACUGACCUCUGAGUCACACACAUAUGUACAUGCAGGUUCUUAAUACCCCUGCAUUCAUCAAAUCCUGAGAAACACCAUAUCCUGUCACAUCACUGCACACAAAUAUUUAUGCCCUGACAAAUGCACAUGUACACAUAAAGCUGUCAUUCCACUUAAGGGGCCACGACUUGUCUUGUCGCUCAUGCACCACAUACUGUGCCUUUUAUUAAAAUUGCACUCAUUUAUUCUGUCCAAACGUUUUUAUUAGCAGAUAUGUAUUCCGCUACAGCUGCUUAUAUGCACCUAAACAAAGUAGGCCUUAACAUAUAGACAAGAAUGUUAGAUUCUAACUCAGAUGUUCACAGAGCUGUUCAUUUGUCCUGUUCAUUUGGGAAGUGGGUCUUUGAGAAAACCCUCACAGAACAUCAUAGAAUCUACCUCUAAAAAGGGACCAGGCUCUCUGAUCGCUAGGAAUUUCAGUAUGUAUCCGACCUUUGGCUUUUAUUUUAUUUUUGAUCAUAUUUCUACACUUUCAAAUAGAGCUACUAGUUAUACAUAAAGUCACACAAGUACACUUUCACUGCAAUGGCUUUAUCAAAUACAAAAAACAGAUACAAAAAUACUUGGAAGUUUUAAUUAUGCAUCAUUCAAACAUGGCUAUGUAGCUUUUAAACCUCCUUAUGAAAUUGGAGAUUUCAUGUUUGCUAAGGUACACAAGAUAUGCUGGUAUAUAUAGUACGACCAGGACCUUGACUCAUGCAUCACACCUGCUUCAUCAGCAUGUACAUCAGCAUACAGGUGUGUGUUUGUGAAUGCAUAGCCUUUCCAUUUACAUUUCUGAAUUCACCCUUUGAUAUGAAAGUUACCAAAGAGCUACAUUUACUUUCUCUGGGACAGCGUGUAUGUAUAUUAUUGUAUGCUUAUGAAAUCUAAUGGGAAGAGUAUUUUAUCCUUCAAGGACUGUGAAUGACCUUCAGUAGCUCAGAAGCCUUAAUACAUUGUGGUUCAUUCAGUGCGGUUUCCUGUUUCUUCCUCAGUGUACCGCUUCAAUUCAAGUGAAUUUAGUAAGAAAUAUUUACGCUUGGAAUUUUUUUUUUUUUUUUUGUGGUUUGGUGUUUUUUUUCUUCUAAUUGUGCUCAGUUAUCGCAUUUAUUUGUAUAUCAUGAGUGAAAAAAUGGUGAAAAGGUAUAGGGAUAAAAUGUAUGUAUUUUCAGAUAUGCACAGUGAAUUGUGCAAUAAUGUCACAGCAGAAUGAGAACUAUUUGGUAUUAAUUUAAAAUUAUCAGAGGAAAAACUGUCAGAUUAGGUUUAAAGUGUGACAAUCAGGGCUAAAAGGAUGUUGUAUUUUAUCUAAUUUGAUCUAAGACUUUAAGGGCUGAUGAGAGACAGCCCGAUGAUUUUAAAUAUCCUCAAAUUGUGAAUUUAUUGUAGUAUUAGUUACGUAAGGUAGAGAUAGACACAAAAGUAUUAUUAAAAAUAGGACAACCAGCUAGGAAUAAGAAAUUUUCUUUCGUAAUUUUGUGGAUGAUAUAAUUAUGCAAAUUUCUUCUUUGUUUUUGCAUUGCCACUUUACCAAGAAGAAUAUGCAGACGUUUUUUUUUUUUUUUUUAAUUAGACGAGAAAGUGUUUGAGCUGUUCUUAAAGCUACAGUGCACACAGUUUUGGGAAAUCUGAAAUUAUGUAUGUAUAUCUACAGAGUGCCAUUAUAAAUUUCGAGGUUUAGAGAGUUAACACCUCAGGAAAUUUCCAGUCAUAUCUGUGUGCUGCAGUGAUGCCCCAGGCAACUUCCCCUCUGGUUGAAGGGUACAUUCAGAUGUGAAAGUCAUGAUAUAUAUGCAAACCAGAUAUAAAUACCCGGUCACAUGCCCCUCUUGAUUUAUUAUGGCAGUUUGUGGAGUUUGCAGUGUGUAAAAUAAAAUGUGCUGUAGCUUUAAGCAAUAAAAGCUUCAUUAAUGCUUCAUUGCUUCGAUCUAUACCUCCUUUUCUUAGUACCUUCUCUAUAUGUGCCUUUUCCAGCCUGUGUGAAACUAAGGUGGUGUUGUUUGAGCACAAACACAGCUGUGGCUUGUGGCUGAUGUUGUGUGUUGAGGGAUAUGAUGUUUGAAUGCUCUGUUUUGUUUUUGUUGUGUUUUUUUCCUGUUCACACUACCUAGAGGCUAUGCAUGUUUGCUACUUGAACUGAUCUUUAUUUCCAGUUUUUAUAUAGAAAGACCAAAUAUUUUAAGACUUAAUUAUACAUUAAGUGUAUUAUGUCUUUAAAAACAUUAAGAUUGAUAUUGGAAAGAGAAUUAAUACUAUAUUACUUGGCACUAUUAGGUUGUCCUUCCUUUCUUUUGCUUUACUACUUAUUCCCAAAACCCAUCUCAAGUUCUUUUUAUAUUCAGAUUGAUUUGUUCUGUUCAAGUAUUUGAUUAGGAUGAAAUUUAAAACACAUUGUACUAAGUUUCCCAUUUGUGACCAUUACAGUAGCAAUAACAUGAUGAUUAUAUGAAACUGUUGUUGCAGCAAAUGCUGAAUACCAGCAUUAAAGUGCCUUGAAAUACAUGGUAUAGGAUUGGUGGUAAGAAUAUUUGAGCUGCCAAGGGUACUUUGAUGUUUUUUUUUUUUUUUCCUUUUUUCUUUCAUGAAGAAAUGAUAACGUGAAAUAACCUAAUCUGUGCUCUAGUGACAAUCUAAGUAUAUACUUGGAUUCUGUUCAUACACUCUGUUUUUCACAUAGAACUUCCUCUAUAAUUAAUAAACCUUUUGAAAAACUCCA